AUGGGUGCCGACGAAGGUUGCAAAAGUCUUUAUGUGGGAAACCUUGACCCAAGAGUAACUGAUCAAAUGCUUCUCCAGAUCUUUGCUGUUUCUGGUUCUGUAAACAAUACGAAAAUUAUCCCUGAUAAAAAC